AUGUCGUCAAACGUGACUGCAACGAUGAAUAGAACACACUCUAUGUCGAGCUGCUUCAACCCCAUAGCGAGACGAAUUAGUGAAAGCUUCGCCUACUCUCUGCUAUUUGUUGUGUCGCUGGCUGCAAAUACCUUUAUUGGAAUUAUUGUGUAUAGGACGAAAGCUCUGCGAACACCAAUAAACAUUUUGAUUGUAAACAUGGCCAUCUCCGAACUAUUGCAUCCUAUUUUCAUGUUUACGCGAACGUUAGUAGAAUUAAACAUGGACAACUACUGGCUGAUCAGCGGUCACCUUGGGCAAGCCUUGUGUAAGCUCAGUCACUUUGCUACAGAUGUCUCCACUGCUGUGUCCAUUCAGAGCUUGCUGCUGAUAGCAGUGAAUCGAUUUGUAGCCGUGGUAUUUCCCCACUGUUACCCACUGAUCAGUUCAAAACGGUGCCGAUUCUUUAUUCUCGUUAUUUGGAUCUUCGCCAUGGCUGUCCAUUGCCCAUACUUGAUUGCCUUCAGAGUUGUCGAGUACUCAAAAGGGCUGUUUUGUCAGUGGCAGUGGAAAGAGGCAUUUGGAGAGUCCAUAUCGCUACAAACCUACAUCUCAGUGAUGGAAUUGAUCGUUGUUUUCUGCUAUGUCCCUUUGGUUGUGAUUAUUAUACUUUAUUUUGCUAUUGCCUUAAAAACCAAAUCGCAGAAGGUUCCAGGCGAGCAAUCAGCUGCCGUAAGAGUACAGUGUUUAAGGAGAGAGAGAGAAAUCUUCUUUCUGGCCUACUCAUACUGCACUGUAAACCCUUGCAUCUGUUUUAUCUUUAGCGGCAAUUUUCGCCAAGGUCUUAAGAAUCUUCUCAGCUGCUCUUCUACUGAUUAA